AACGAGACAAUCUGUGGAAGUGUUGAUCAAAAUGAAGACAUGAAUGACAGACAAGACUUGAAUAGAAAUGAAGAGAAAAGUAAAUCAAUGAAUGAAAUCUCAAGUGAAGCGAAAGACAGCGAAACAGAAGAGUAUAAUAACGGGUCGAGUGAUGAAGAAAUGGACGACAAGUCAGACACCGAAAAGGAAACUAAGCGUCGAAAACAUAAUAAGAAAACUGACGGUCAGUUUGUAUGCGAUUUCAUCGGUUGUGGAAAAAACUUUGCAACAAAAGGUUCUGUGACUCAACACAAAAGCGUACAUUUGGGUCAUACCUAUCGUUGCGAAGAAUGUGGAGUAGUAUUCAAAUCCAACUGUUCUUUAGUUAAACACAAACGCAUACAUUUAGGUGAGACCUAUCGGUGCGAUGACUGCGGGACCACAUAUCCAUCGAAACUGAGGCUAAACGGACACAAGUCUGCAAAACACGGCACAGCCUAUCAGUGCUCUCAUCCGGGAUGUGAUUACAAGACUGGACACAAAUCAGCCCUUAAUAAACAUCGAUUAAAUCAUGUAAAUGACUAUCAAUUCAAGUGUGGCUGCGAUAAGGCUUUUAAAACACAAAAGUAUUUGAAUCUUCACCAGAAGAGAGUACAUCCCGACUCAUUUGCAGACAUACCAUGGAUUGAAUGCUCGCAUACGGGCUGUCAGUAUAGGAGUAAAUGCAAAAGAGAUAUAAAGACUCACAUUAAAGAGCACACAAAGCCCUGUAUAUGUGAAAUAUGCGGAAAAUCAAUUCCAUCUAAAAAUAUCGCCACUCAUCGCCGGACUCACAACAAGUCGUUACAAAUCCCGUGCGAAUGGCCUGAAUGUGAGCGAAGAUUCAUUAAUAAUAGUUUUAUGAGAGCACAUAUGAAUUCACACACGUGUGAGACCACAUACCGGUGCCAAUGGCCCGGUUGUGACAACACUUAUACCAAUAAACUAUCGUUAAGUGUACACCAAAAGAGAGUGCACAAGGGUUUGUUAGACCAGAAGUGUCAUUGGCCUGAAUGCGAGUACUCGACCACUAAUCCCAUUAGACUUCAUAAUCAUAUCGAUAGACAACACGAGGGUCUGCAGGACUACCGGUGCUCUCAUACGGGCUGUGAUUAUACGACCACUAAAUGCGGACAAUUAGACACACAUAUGAAGACUCAUAAAAAUUAA